AUGAUCAACAUGAAAGUCACGUCCCUCGACUGCCGCCAGCUGAGGAAGCUCCUGCGAAAGGAGCCCUCGCGCUGCCUGGUGCUGGACUGCCGGCCCUACCUGUCCUACUCGGCCUCCUGCCUCCGCGGCUCGCUCAACGUGAACCUCAACUCGGUGGUGAUGCGGCGGGCGCGCGGCGGGGCCGUGCCGCUCCACUUCGUGGUGCCCGACGCGGCGGCGCGGGCCCGGCUGCUGCCGGGCGCCGAGGGCGCGGCGGGGGCGGGCGGCCUGGCSGCCGUCGUGGUGCUGGACCAGGGCACGGGGCACUGGCAGAAGCUCAAGAAGGACAGCACGGCGCAGAUCGUGCUCAACGCCCUGCUCUCCAGCCUGCCCGAGGCCGGCGCCAGGGUCUGCUUCCUCAAAGGGGGAUAUGAAACCUUUAAUUCGCAAUAUCCCGAGUGCUGCGUGGAUGGGAAGCUCAUUUCCCCGGAGAGAAGCGAUGUGGAGAGGAGCGUGGCCAGCCCCGGCGAGCAGCCCAGUGCGCCCCACAAGCCGGUGUAUGACCAGGGCGGCCCGGUGGAAAUCCUGCCUUUCCUCUACCUCGGCAGUGCCUACCACGCUUCCAAGUGCGAGUUCCUGGCCAACCUGCACAUCACAGCCCUGCUCAACGUGUCCCGGCGGAGCUCGGAGCCCUUCACAGACCAGUACUGCUACAAGUGGAUCCCGGUGGAGGACAGCCACGCGGCCGACAUCAGCUCCCACUUCCAGGAGGCCAUCGACUUCAUCGACUGCGUCAGGCGAGCAGGGGGCAAGAUCCUGGUGCACUGCGAGGCGGGCAUCUCGCGCUCGCCCACCAUCUGCAUGGCCUACCUCAUGAAAACCAAGCGGCUCCGCCUGGAGGAGGCCUUCGACUAUGUCAAGCAGCGCCGCAGCCUCAUCUCGCCCAACUUCGGCUUCAUGGGCCAGCUGCUGCAGUACGAGUCGGAGAUCCUGUCGUCCACCCCCAGCCCGCCCGUCGCCUCGUGCAAAAGAGAAGCRGUGUCUUUCUUUGCGGAAGAACUGGCUUUGGGCAAGGGCUUCGAGGGCUCGUGCUUCGCCUUUCCUACCUCAGUGCUCACGUCUGUGCCCCUCCACUCGCCCGUCCACCAGCUCAAACUCAGCCCCAUGACAGCGUCCUCGUCCUGCUGAGCCCCAGCAGGCAGGGCCGGGCCGCUGCUCUGAGCCUGACUGUGACCCCCACGGGGACAUUUCAUGAACGUGCAAUAGAGAAACCUCAUGGACUUGGUCUGAGACGGAGCAGCUGGUGUGGGUGAUGUUUGCUGUAUGUGUAUGUGGACUGUAAGACCCGAGUGCUUGACAUGUGGCAAAUUUUAAUGUCCCUUUUUUUAUCUAAGAAAAAGGAAAGCUGACGAAAGAAGUGUUUUUCUAGGUUUUUACCCACGGAGUGUGUACCCACUACUGUAUUUCCAGGUCCUUCUGGAGCAAUGAGAUAUCUGCUUGGGAUGUUCUCAGGCCCAUCUCCUCCCUGCUGUAGUUUUUCAGCAAACCCUUAAAGUCUCAAGCAAUAAACGGCAGCAGCGGGAAAGAAAUAACACGAGAGGCCUGGGUGGUGCCCGGAGCCGCUCUGCGCUUUCCUCUUUCUCCCUCUUUCCCCCUGCCGUGGAGUCUCGUGUUUCAGGGUGCAGAGGGGCCAGAGGAAGCCCCUUGUCCGGCUCCUCCAGGGCCAGGGAUCACCCACAAGGACACUGGAUGCCCAAGGAGACCUGGCCUGUGUCUGUUUUUACCAGGGCCCUGCUUUGCACGCAGGCAGGGCGGCUGGAGCGAAGCUGCUCUGCUCCCAUCUCCCAUUUACGAGCAGCCCUGCAAUACUUGAACGUCUCU